CUCUCUCUCUCUCUCUCUCUCUCUCUGCAAUUAUUUCUGACAAAUCGAUCGCUCUGUGUGACUGUUAAGCGUGUAUAAAUAAACUCAAUCUCUCUCUCAGCGAGGACUGAUAAUAAUGGUCGCUGAAAGUGAAGGUGGGGGUGGGAAGAAGCCAAUGAAAGAACAAGUCACAGUAAAAGUAGAAGUAAAAGAAAUAGAAGAAGAAGAAGCAGAGGAGGAAGAAGAAGAAGAAAGAACGGCUCUGUUUGAUGGUGGGUCCUCUUGUUCAUCUUCAACCACUGCCCUGAGAAACCAGGCCUUUGAAUCAAACGAUACCGUUGAGGUCAUCCAGGUGGUCCAUAUAAAAGAAGAAGAAGAAGAAGAAGAAGAGGAGGAGGAAUUAGUGGGUGUUGAAGAGAUUGGAAAUGGUUCUGGUGGGAAUGGACCUUGGUCUUCGUCGUCGUCGGAGGCGGUGCCGGAGCCGGAGCCGAUGGAGGGGCUGCAAGAGCCGGGUCCGCCUCCGUUUCUGAAGAAGACAUUCGAGAUGGUGGAGGACCCGGAGACCGAUAGAGUGGUGUCGUGGAGUGAGACCCAGGACAGCUUCACGGUGUGGGACGAGCAUGUGUUCGCUCAAGAGCUGCUUCCUCAGUAUUUCAAGCACAAGAACUUCUCCAGCUUCAUUCGACAGCUCAACACUUACGGUUUCAAGAAGAUUGACACGCAUAAAUGGAAGUUUGCAAACGAAGGGUUUCGGAGAGGGAAGAUGCAUUUGCUGAAGAACAUCAAGAGGAGAAGCCGGUUGAGCAAGCAGCAGCAAGAAGUGAUAAUAACCGGUGUCAAUUUGGCGAAACCGGGCGGGUUGGAGAGUGAGCUUGAGAGUCUGAAGAAGGAUCACAAUGUGUUGAAUGUAGAAAUCCUGAAGCUGAGACAGCAGCAAGAGGAGUCAAAGAACCAGAUGAGUGCCGUGGAAGAUCGCAUUCGAGGCGCAGAGUGUAGGCAACAAAAGAUGCUUCUUUUCCUCACCAAAUUAGUCGCCAAAAGCCCCAUCUGUAUGCAGCAAUAUUUAAUCCAGAAGAGAAAGCAAAAGAGAGCGGUUGAGUGCUUUGGCAAGAGACGUCGUAGAUUAAUGCCUCGUGAGGCGGCCAGCAAAAGUGUGAAUGGCAGCAGAAACCAAUUUCCCCAGGGAGACAUGACAAUCAAUCACUCUGAAAUCUUGCCAACACCCUUCCCAGCUCCCAUGGACGACACUCCACUUCAGCUCAAUGUUACGGCGCCUGAAGACAACAACCCUUCUGUUUACCAUGUCAUGUCGGACAAGCUGCUGGCGGAUCACUCCAUUAUCGACCAAGAGUUUGGUGUUGAUGACUCUAAAUUCUAUUCCGAGUUGGAGGAUUUGAUUGCCAGCCCACCUGAUUAUUGAGCCAACUGGAAUUGUAUUACAGGCCAUGGCUCUUUUCCUCUUUCAAUCGUGUGGAGAUAUCGAGGGGUCUCCUAUCGAUCUACUUCAAUUUUCUUUUUCGUCUUUUAUAAUGUUGUGUGCUCCUUUAUCUAUCUUGUAAAAAUCGGCUUUUGUAAACAAAAUAAAAAAAGUUCAAUUCACUAAACAAAUAUGAAAACCUCAUUAAUCCA